GCCUAGGUCUCAGGCGGUGCCGCCUAAGUCUUGGGCUUUGCCGCCUGAGUCUUGGGCGUUGCCGCUGUCAAUUUAAUAAAACUGUCAAAAAAACCAGCUAAAGCAGCAGCGCCUGAGUCUCAGGUGGUCUCGCCGAUUCUUUUCUCCAAAACACAAUAUCUGUGUCAAUACUUUUUAAUACGCCAUAUUUGUGAUAAAUUUAAAAAAACAAUAUUUGUGUCAUUAAUCUCAAUGGCAAUUCCGUAGAUAAUACAAUCCUCCGUAUACCCUUUUAUCCUAAAACCUCACCCACCGUCCUUCUCGCCGCAUACUUUAUCUUCUGGCCACCGCCACAUUCCUCGCCGAAAUUAACUCCCUUCUCGAUGGCGUCUCCUUCGCUCCUACAUUCCGCCGCUGCGGUGGCAUUUCGCGGUCAGCCCCUUAUAUUUUCCCCUCCGGCGGCCACGCGACUCCCGUCGAGAAGAAACUCUCGAAACGGCAACGGGUUGGUCUCGGUGAGAGCGACUGCUGAGAUUGUGCUGUUGGAGAAAUCGGAAGCCGAGAAGGUGAAUCGCCUGAAGACCACUUACCUCGAAAAAAUUGUUCCUCUUCUCAUGGAAGAGUUCUCCUACUCUAACAUUCAUCAGGUUCCAAAAAUUGACAAGAUUGUGCUCAACUGUGGGAUUGGGGAAGCUGCACAGAAUGCCAAGGGACUGGACGCAGCGAUGAACGACUUAGCCCUGAUUGCCGGCCAGAGACCAGUGAAAACUCGAGCACGGAACUCCAUUGCCACUUUCAAGAUCCGGGAGGGUCAGCCACUUGGAAUCGCGGUAACACUCAGAGGAAAUGUGAUGUUCUCAUUCUUAGACAGGCUCAUAAACUUGGGGCUUCCAAGGACAAGGGAUUUCCAGGGUGUGAGCACUAGUAGCUUUGACGGACACGGGAAUUACAGCAUUGGAAUAAGAGAGCAAGGUGUGUUCCCAGAGAUCAAGUUUGAUCUAUCAGGAAAGCCUAGGGGAAUGGACGUGUGCAUCUCAACCACAGCUAACACAGAUCAAGAAGCCCAGAAAAUGUUGGCUUUGAUGGGAAUGCCCUUCAGGGAAGGUGGCGGUGGUAGUGCCACUGGUUUGCCAAAGAAGAAGAAACUCAAAGCUCACCAUUUCGACCCAAAGGCCAAAGGGAAGUCAUCAAGGAGACGUUAGGGAUGAGAAGUGGCGCGUAUCUAUUCCACCAUUGUCUACAUUUGUUGUUGUGUUCUACUUGUAGUAAUGCGCAUUGAUCGUCUUAGAGUGGUUCAAGUCAAAAAGAUGUUCACCUUGUUUUUAUGACGUAGCAAAUUGUUCUCAUCGUUCCCCUUCGUCAUUCAUAUUCUGAAUGCAAUAAAUCAUGUUCAUUAUAUAGGGAUGGAGGUCGAUUGUUGAUUGGCAGUUCUAGUGUCUCAGCACGCCGUCUUUUCUUUUUAAGGGGCCGUUUGGAAGUUGCGAUUGUUAAAUAGAUAUAUUGUUGAGAAUGCAUGUAUUGUCGAAUUUGAUGCAUUGUAGAAUACAACGUUUGGUAUGUG